GUGACACUGGUGAAACUGAAAGCUACUUGCUUUGAAUCUCUGCCUGUGAAAACUGUUUUUGGGUUUUAACUUAAAAGGUCUCAUUUUGUUGUUCUGUGUUAAGCUUAAUGAAUUGGGUUCUAUGGAGCUUUGUUAUUGUUCUUGGUGGUGGGUUGUUACUUUCAGAGGGGGCUUCUAGUUCUAGGCCUCCUGUUAUUAAAGUUGGUGCUAUAUUUGGUUUAAACACCAUGUACGGUGAAACUGCGAAUAUCGCCUUUAAAGCUGCUGAGGAAGAUGUCAAUUCCGAUCCUAGCUUCCUCGGUGGAUCGAAAUUGCAAAUUUUGCUGAAUGAUGCUAAACGCAGUGGAUUCCUCAGCAUCAUGGGAGCAUUGCAAUUCAUGGAGACUAAUGCAGUGGCUAUAAUUGGUCCACAGACAUCAAUAAUGGCUCAUGUGUUGUCUCAUCUUGCCAAUGAGCUUACUGUUCCGAUGUUGUCAUUUACAGCUCUUGAUCCUACCCUGUCUCCACUCCAAUUCCCAUUCUUUGUCCAAACAGCACCUAGUGAUCUGUUUCUGAUGCGUGCCAUUGCAGAGAUGAUCACAUACUAUGGUUGGUCAGAUGUUGUGGCGUUAUAUAAUGAUGAUGAUAACAGCAGAAAUGGCGUUACAGCGUUAGGCGAUGAGCUUGAAGAGAGGCGUUGCAGGAUUUCUUACAAGGCUGUACUUCCGUUGGAUGUUGUGAUUACUAGUCCAGUUGAGAUUAUUGAAGAGUUGACUAAGAUCCGGGGAAUGGAGUCUCGGGUAAUCGUUGUGAAUACUUUCCCAAAUACAGGCAAGAUGAUCUUUAAGGAAGCAGAGAGAUUAGGGAUGAUGGAGAAAGGCUAUGUUUGGAUAGCUACAACUUGGUUGUCUUCUCUGCUAGAUUCAAAUUUGCCUUUGGAUACCAAAUUACUCAAUGGAGUUCUAACACUGCGUCUUCACACGCCAGAAUCGAGAAAGAAGAGGGACUUUGCAGCACGGUGGAAGAACAAGUUGAGUAACAAUAAGACUAUUGGGUUGAAUGUUUAUGGUCUGUAUGCUUAUGAUACUGUCUGGAUCAUUGCUCGAGCCAUUAAGACACUUCUGGAAGCUGGAGGUAAUCUUUCCUUCUCCAAUGAUGCAAAGUUAGGCAGCUUGAAAGGUGAGGCAUUGAAUCUAAGUGCAUUAAGCAGAUUUGAUCAAGGAUCACAACUUCUUGAUUAUAUUGUGCAUACAAAGAUGUCCGGUCUAACUGGUCCUGUUCAAUUUCAUCCAGACAGAUCAAUGCUACAUCCUUCAUAUGAUAUUAUCAAUUUGGUUGAUGACAGGGUUCACCAAAUAGGUUACUGGUCUAACUAUUCUGGUCUUUCUAUUGUACCGCCUGAAUCAUUUUACAGCAAACCUCCUAAUCAUUCUAGCUCAAACCAACAUCUGAACUCUGUAACUUGGCCUGGUGGGACUUCAAUUACACCUCGCGGAUGGGUUUUUCGUAACAAUGGAAGGCGGUUGAGAAUCGGUGUUCCUGAUAGAGCAAGCUUCAAGGACUUUGUCUCAAGGGUCAAUGGAAGUAGCAACAAAGUACACGGAUAUUGCAUUGAUGUAUUUGAAGCUGCGGUGAAACUGCUUUCUUAUCCGGUUCCUCACGAGUUCAUCUUUUUCGGAGAUGGUCUAACGAAUCCAAACUACAAUGAGCUGGUCAACAAGGUCACUACUGGGGUUGACUUUGAUGCUGUUGUAGGCGACAUAGCCAUUGUCACCAAGCGGACCAAGAUUGUGGAUUUCACCCAGCCAUACAUUGAGUCAGGCCUUGUCGUUGUUGCUCCUGUCACAAGACUUAACGAAAAUCCUUGGGCCUUUUUACGCCCGUUUACUCUUCCUAUGUGGGGAGUAACAGCAUCUUUUUUCGUUAUUGUUGGAGCUGCAAUAUGGAUUCUUGAACACCGUAUAAAUGAUGAGUUUCGUGGUCCGCCAAGAAGACAAAUCAUUACCAUUCUCUGGUUCACCUUUUCGACGAUGUUUUUCUCCCACAGAGAGACUACAGUGAGCACGCUUGGUCGUAUGGUACUUCUGAUAUGGCUUUUUGUGGUUCUGAUAAUUACAUCUAGCUACACAGCGAGUCUCACAUCGAUACUUACAGUGCAACAGCUUAAUUCACCUAUAAAAGGAGUAGAUACACUCAUCAGUAGCACUGGUCGUAUUGGCUUCCAGGUUGGUUCUUUUGCUGAAAACUACAUGACUGAUGAGCUUAACAUUGCCAGAUCCAGACUUGUGCCUCUCGCCUCUCCUGAGGAAUAUGCUAAUGCACUUCAAAAUGGCACUGUUGCUGCAAUUGUUGAUGAACGUCCUUAUAUUGAUCUCUUCCUUUCAGAUUACUGUAAGUUUGCCAUCAGAGGCCAAGAAUUCACCAGAUGCGGUUGGGGAUUUGCAUUCCCAAGAGACUCUCCUCUAGCAGUUGACAUGUCAACCGCGAUUCUUGGGCUAUCCGAAACUGGCGAACUUCAGAAGAUCCACGACAAAUGGCUUUCGAAAUCUAACUGCAGCAGCCCGCACGGGUCUCAGUCAGGUGACUCAGAACAGCUCAACGUGCAUAGCUUCUGGGGCAUGUUCCUUGUGGUUGGGAUAGCCUGUCUCGUCGCUCUCUUUAUCCACUUCUUCAAAAUAGUCCGCGACUUCUGCAAACACACACCAGAAGUAGAAGAAGAAGAAGUAGCUAUACCUUCACCAAAAGCUUCACGUUUAACAAAGCUACAGACUUUUCUAGCAUUUGUUGAUGAAAAGGAAGAAGAAACAAAGCGAAGAGCUUCCGUACAAACCCUCGUCGCCGUUGAGCCGGAGCCAGUUUUUGUCUCCGUCAAGACUUUUGCGCCAGCCACCGUUGCUAAUUUGGGACCAGGGUUUGAUUUCUUAGGAUGUGCCGUCGAUGGUCUCGGUGACCAUGUGACUCUCCGUGUAGAUCCCUCUGUUCGUGCCGGUGAGGUCUCAAUCUCGGAGAUCACCGGAACUACAACAAAACUCAGCACAAAUCCUCUCCGGAACUGCGCCGGAAUCGCCGCCAUUGCUACGAUGAAGAUGUUAGGGAUUAGAUCGGUUGGUUUGUCUUUAGAUUUGCACAAAGGCUUACCUUUAGGUAGCGGUUUAGGUUCUAGUGCAGCUAGCGCCGCCGCAGCUGCUGUGGCGGUUAAUGAGAUCUUUGGCCGGAAAUUAGGGAGUGAUCAAUUGGUUUUAGCCGGUUUAGAAUCGGAAGCUAAGGUUUCCGGUUAUCACGCUGAUAAUAUCGCACCAGCGAUCAUGGGUGGAUUCGUUUUGAUUCGAAACUACGAACCGCUUGAUUUGAAACCAUUGAGGUUCCCAUCGGAUAAAGAUCUCUUCUUUGUUCUAGUGAGUCCUGAGUUUGAAGCUCCAACUAAGAAAAUGAGAGCUGCAUUGCCUACAGAGAUUCCAAUGGUUCACCAUGUUUGGAACAGUAGUCAAGCGGCUGCUUUAGUCGCUGCGGUGUUAGAAGGAGACGCGGUGAUGCUUGGGAAGGCAUUGUCGUCGGAUAAGAUUGUGGAGCCGACUAGAGCGCCUUUGAUUCCUGGAAUGGAAGCUGUGAAGAAGGCAGCUUUAGAAGCUGGAGCGUUUGGAUGUACGAUUAGCGGAGCUGGACCAACAGCGGUUGCGGUGAUUGAUUCAGAGGAGAAGGGUCAAGUGAUCGGAGAGAAGAUGGUGGAAGCGUUUUGGAAAGUUGGACAUUUGAAAUCUGUUGCUUCUGUGAAGAAGCUUGAUAAAGUUGGUGCUAGGCUUGUCAACAGCAUCUCCAGGUGAUCUUCUUAUGAUGUUUUGAUUAUGCUGAGAGAUUGGAACAAAUCUUCCUCUGUACUGUAAUUUCUAGAUGAUAAUAAAGAUGUUUGUUUCUA